AUGGCCGUGUGCGCCCGCCGGCUGUGCCACAUCGCCUUCCACGUGCCGCCCGGGCACCUGCUGGGCCGCGACCUGCAGCGUCUCUUCGGCUUCCAGCCGCUGGCGGCGCGUGAGGCGGACGGCUGGAGGCAGCUGGCGCUGCGCAGCGGGGACGCGGUGCUGCUGGUGAACGAGGGCGCGGGGCCCCGGGAGCCGCUGUACGGCCUGGACCCUUGCCACGCCGUGCCCAGCGCCGCCAACCUGUGCUUCGAGGUGCCCGACGUGGGCGAGGCCGCCCGGGCGCUGGCCGCGCGAGGCUGCGCGGUGCAGGUGCCCCCCGUGGACGUGCGGGACGCGCGGGGCGCCGCCACCUACGCCGUGGUCCGCUCCCCCGUGGCCCGGCUCAGCCUGACGCUGCUGGAGCAGCGCGCCGACGCCCGCGGGCCCUUCCUACCGGGCUUCGAACCCGUGUCCUCGGCCCCCGGCCCCGGCUGGGUGAGCCACGUGGACCACCUGACCCUGGCCUGCACCCCCGGCAGCACCCCGGCUCUGAUGCGCUGGUUCCAACACCACCUCGGCUUCUGCCACUUGCCCCUGAGCCCAGGGGAGGACCCCGAGGUGGGCCUCGAGGUGUCGGCGGGGCCCGGGCUCGGGGGGCUGCGGCUCACCGCCUUGCAAGCCCCCCCGGGCUGCACCGUGCCCACCCUCGUGUUUGCCGAGUCCCUGCCUAGGAGCACCACCGGUGACCAGGACCAAGUGGAGCAGUUCCUGGCCAGGCACGGGGGGCCCGGGCUGCAGCACGUGGGGCUGUACACCCCGAGCAUCGUGGAAGCUGCAGAAGGGGUGGUGGCAGCCGGGGGCCGUCUCCUCACUCCCCCAGACGCCUACUACCAACAGCCCGGCAAGGAAAGGCAGAUUCUAGACGCCGGGCACCAGCCACACCUGUUGGCCCGGCAGGGGAUCCUGCUAGAUGGCGACCGAGACCAGUUCCUGCUACAGGUCUUCACCAAGUCCCUCUUUGCAGAGGACACUUUCUUUCUAGAGCUGAUCCAGAGGCAAGGGGCCACAGGCUUUGGCCAGGGUAACAUUCGGGCUCUGUGGCAGUCGGUACAGGAGCAAGCUGUCCGGGACCAGAAAGCCUGAACUCAGGGCAGUAGCCUAUCCUGGAGCUCUGGGACACACCAGCACCCACUGGCUGGAACUAAGAACCAUGCCCAAGGGGAAAGGCUAUAUGACUCAGGGGCCAGGUAAGGCCACCAAUUCAUCAGGCCUAGUCAGAAGUUA